AUGUCCAGCACUAAAGUAGCAACCGUAACAAUAGAGUCAUCCCAGCCCUCUUCAGCUCCCAUCGAGCUAGAGACUGUCGUCGAUGAAGCUCAGCCCGGGCCGUCUUCCAAUGCCACAGAUCCAGAGACUGGAGGAGAGACGGCCGAGCCUCAGCCCCCUCUGCCAAUCUUCAAGAUUCUAGUCUCUGGAUACUCAUUCUUCUGUGCCGGCUUGGAUUCAGCAACUCUCGGCCCGCUAGUGCCGCAUAUUCUCGACUCGUUUUCCAUUGGCACAGGCCACAUCGCCAUCAUCUAUGCCGCCAUCUUCGCAGGCUGGCUCCUCGCCGCGCUCACAAAUCCCUUCCUCGCAGCCCACCUCCACCUCGGCAAGCUCCUCUUCAUCGGCGCAAUCUUCCAAGUCUUUGCGCAAUGUUUGCGUCCAUGGGCCCCCUACUCUCUUUUCUUCGCAACCUUCUUCUUCCAGGCCCUUGGGAUGGCCUUCCAGGACACGCACUCCAACACAUAUGUCAACGCUAUCCGGGAUUCGCAUCGCUGGCUGAGCUUCAUCCAUGCCAUGUAUGCGCUUGGGGGCCUCGUCGGACCGCUUAUCUCAACAGCUAUUGCUUCCGCUGAGGAGGCUCACGAAGGUGGUUGGAGAAUGGUGUAUUAUGUUACGAUUGGGACUUCUGCUUUGAAUUUAAUCGCAGUUGCUCUGGCUUUUAGGGACACGCUCUUCCUGACGAAGUCCCAGUCCGCAGAGGCACAACGUGAGACGAGGCGAAACAAGGAAGCGUUGGAAGAAGUAGGACAACUGCUUAAACUAAAGAAUGUCUGGCUUAUGAGCGCCUUUUACUUUUUCCAGUCGGGUGCCUGGUCCACGUCUGGAGGCUGGGUCGUCGAAUACCUCACCCAACACCGCCACGGCCAACUCUCCAAAGUCGGCUACGUCCCCACCGGCUUCUGGUGCGGCGUCGUCCUCGGCCGCACCCUCCUCGCAGAGCCCACGUUCCGCUUCGGCGAGCAGCGCAUGAUCCUGCUCUACAGCUUCGCCACCCUCGUCCUCCAGCUGCUCUUCUGGCUGCUUCCCAACCUCAUCGCCAGCGCCACCGCGUACGCCCUCAUGGGCUUCUUCUUCGGGCCCUACUUUGCUACGGGUAUGAGGGUGUCGGCCAAGAUUAUCCCUCGAAAGGUUCAAUCUACAGGGCUGGGCCUCAUCUUUGUACUGGCACAAGCUGGUGCCGCCAUCUUCCCCUCGUUCACUGGCCUCAUCGCAACCAGUGCCGGUGUUCAGGUUUUGCAGCCCAUUGUUACAGCCUUGAUUGUCGGAGGAGGCGUCUGUUGGUGGCUUCUUCCAAACGUCACCUUGAAGGAAUGA